AUGGCCUAUGACCGCUACAUUGCCAUCUGCAAACCCCUGCACUAUGGGACAAUAAUGGCCAGCAGAACUUGUGUCAACAUGGCAGCAGCUGCCUGGGGCAGUACUUUUCUCUAUGCUGUGCUGCACACUGCCAAUAGCUUUUCCCUCCCCCUCUGCCAAGGCAAUGUCCUGGACCAGUUCUUCUGUGAAAUUCCCCAGAUCCUCAAGCUCUCCUGCUCAGAUGCCUACCUCAGAGAAGUUGGGCUUGUUGUGGUUAGUGCUGUUUUAGCAUCUGGGUGUUUUGUUUUCCUUGUGGUGUCCUAUGUGCAGAUCUUCAGGGCUGUGCUGAGGAUUGCCUCAGAGCAGGGCCAGCACAAAGCCUUUUCCACAUGCCUCCCCCACCUGGCUGUGGUCUCCCUGUUUCUCAGCACUGCCUUUUUUGCCUACCUGAAGCCCCCCUCCAUGUCCUCCUCGUCCCUGAAUCUUUUGCUGGCAGUUCUGUACUCGGUGGUGCCUCCGGCAGUGAACCCCCUCAUCUAUAGCAUGAGGAACCAGGAUCUGAAGGAUGCUAUUUGGAACCUCAUGACUGUUUUUCAAAAGCGAUAA